CCGCGCAAUACAAAAAGUAACACAAAUAAACCCUUCUACACUCUACAAGAUAAGGUAGAACCAAGGAUCAAAGCAAUAAACAUAAUCUUUGCAACUUAGAUAGUAAAGUAUAAUCAUUAUUAUCAAAUUUCCACAGUCCAACAAAUCGUUGUUGUUCUAAGUUUCAACUAUGGCUUUUAUAAGGGAAGGAAUGGCUAAGAAUGUAAGCAGAAUAAUGCCGUUGUUAAAUAGAGGGCAAAGCAUAAGAACGAUGGCAGGAACGGUGCCGAAAAUGAAGGCAUAUGCGCCCACAAGAGAAGGGGAACCUAGUAAGGGGAAAGCAAGGGGUAACUAUGUGCCUGUGUAUGUAGCAUUAGGGUUCAUAGCUCUGUCAGUAACGUUGGGACUCCAUUUAGCCAAGCAGCAAUUCAUGCACUCCCCUGCUGUUAGGCUCAAGAAGAGCCGGAGGGAGACGGUUCCGGAGGUGGUCGAACCCGAGCACGUUGCACAGGAGUCUCGUGAUUUUAUCAACAAGUCCUUCUUUCGGAAGGUUGCUAAUGUUCAGGAAUCUGACAAUCCUAUUGAUGAUCCUAUCCAUGGCAAUCCCCUCACUAAGGAGCCGCGGGUGGAGUCAUUGAAGACAGUAGGAGUGAACCCUGCUGACCGGCAAUGAUUUAGGUCGCUAAACAAAAUAAAGAGAUCAAUCGACGCCAAAUUUUCACUUCAAAUUGUUUUGUGUUUUGUCCAGCUUUUGGUGAUUCUAAGUCUGCGGAUUGGAUCAUUGGAGUGUCAUUCCGGAAGCUGCAAGUAGUAGAAUUUUGGUAUAUUAUUUAUGAGCGCUAUAGGCCACCUUGUUUUCCUUAUUGCGUAUUUGCAUUCACAGGUUAGGCUAGUUUGAAGCUUCUAGUCAAGUUAGUUUGUAGUAUGUAACUAACUUCCUUAUAAAUGCUGCUUUGUAAUAUUGGAACUCACUUUCCACAAUUUACAUGGUAUUGAGAAAUAAUUUAGGCUCAUCAA